UUCUUUAUGGGCGAACGCCGUUGCGUUAUGGAUGAAAGUCCCCGGGGGAAACCCCAUAUUUCUUUAUUUCUUUAUGGGCGAACGCCCGUUGCGUUAUGGAUGAAAGUCCUCGGGGGAACCCCCAUUUUCCUUUAUUUCUUUAUGGGCGAGAGUCCUUGGGCUUAGGCUCCAAGAUCGCUUUGGCAGCCCUUUGGGGAGUGGGUUCGAUUCCCACAGCGAUCCUCAUUUUCGGUGUUAUAAUGACUAUGGAGUUGACUCAGUUGUUUCUGGCUUCAUGCCCCGGAAGGAUGUCAGGCAUUUGUAUCUUAUGGUUGUCUAACUCAGUACCAACGGAGGCGUUUCGUGAAACAGUGGUUAAAUCAUCGCCUUGGGCGCGGAAUGCCAAGGUUAGGGGACGAGGUGGCAGAUAUGGGGAUGGAAUUGAGCUGGUAGCCGGGCAAUCAAACACUGGUUUCGGGGAGGAUUUGGAGAUCAGUUAAAAAGAGGGGGGAGGGGGAGCCUAGAGUAUUUUUUUUAUUUUCUCACUUUACAUAAUCACGAUGUGGCU